UGGGGGGUGAAUCGAGAAAGCAGAGCGAGCGGCAGUGCGGGCUCCGGGAGGCAGGGGGCUCUGUGCUUGCGCCGCGGCGCCGGUGUCUUCUCCUCCUCGUCGGAGCGCCUCAGAGGCGGCGCCAGGCUCGACUCGGCCGCCUUCCUCCGCCCUCGCCCAUGGCUCCCGCCGGCGGCCUCGGCUCCUGAUGGGCUCCUGCGCUCGGUGCAACGGGCUGUUGGGGAGCGGGGGCUCGGUCUAGCGCGCCCGCCCGGGUAAGGAUCGCCGCCGCCGCCUGCGGGCCCUGAGAGGGCCGCCUCUCCUUCCCACUUGCCGCUGCUUCUCCGCUUCUCCUCCUCCUCCUGUUCCUGCCUCCGCUCCCCGCCCUGCCGGGCAAUGAGAAGCUGCUUCUGCUUGAAACGGGGGAGCCGGGAUCAGCCGCCGCCAGCGCCCCGGGCAACAGAACAGUCCACAAUGCCUGAGGUUAGAGAACUUGCUGAUGCCUUGCCAGAUGUGCCCAUGGACCCAAUCACUGGAGUCGGGGUCGUUGCUUCCCGGAACCGAGCGCCUACAAAUUACGAUGUCGUUGCACAGACGGCAGAUGGCUUGGAUGCUGACCUCUGGAAAGAUGGCCUGUUUAAAUCCAAGGUCACACGAUAUUUGUGCUUCACAAGGACCUUUUCUAAAGAGAAUAGCCACCUGGGCAAUGUCUUGGUCGAUAUGAAGCUCAUAGACAUCAAGGAUACUUUGCCUGUCGGCUUCAUUCCUAUCCAAGAGACCAUGGACACACAAGAAACUGCUUUCCGGAAGAAGAGGCUCUGCAUCAAGUUCAUUCCGCGGGAUUCUACGGAGGCCGCAAUUUGCGAUAUUCGGAUCCUGGGCCGGGGCAAACAAGCCCCUCCGCAGUAUACGUUCAUUGGGGAACUGAACAACAUGGGCAUAUGGUACCGCAUGGGCAAAGUCCCCAGGAACCAUGAAACGUCUCAGCCCACGACACCUUCUCCACAAGCUCCAGCUACAACACCAGCUGCUAACCUUCCCAGGCAUAUAUCUCUGACACUUCCGGCCAGUUUUCGAGGGAAAGGGCAUGGCACUCGACCAGACUUUGAGUACCAGCACUCCAAUUUAUAUGCCAUAUCAGCGAUGGAAGGAGUGCCUUUUAUGAUCUCGGAGAAGUUUGCCUGCGCUUCCGAAGGGAUGCAGCCAGUCGAUCUCCUGGGCAUCACUAUUAAAUCCUUGGCAGAAAUCGAGAAGGAGUACGAUUACAGCUUCCGGACAGAGCAGAGCGCUGCAGCCAGGCUCCCCCCGAGCCCCACUCGAUGUCCACAGCUCCAGCAGUCCUGAAGCCCCCACCCCUGGGUGCCACGGAGAGGGGAAGCACAUGUACUACUGAGAGGGGAGAGUGAUUCCCCUCCUCUCCACGUAACCUUUUCCCCAAACCCCUUUAUUCUCCCCUCCCCACAAAAGCAGUGUUACUGGAACCCUUUCCAGCAAAGGGGACUCUCUUUCUUUCUUUCUUUCUCUUUCUUGUGUCUGAUGAUUUGUCGCUGUCUUUGUACAAAAUAACUGGAUAGGAUUUAUUUCUUCUUUGUUUCUCUCUUUUUAUUUUUGAUAUCUCUCCUUGCUUCAGAGAUUUUGAUUUGGCUGCGUUAACCCUUUUCAUCAACUGUCUUGACCUCCCAUAUCUCCUUUCAGGGUCCACUCUGCAUCAUAACCAUGCUAACCAAUGUGUUGGAUUGAUGGAUGUGUUGGUCCAUCGCCUUUUUUAUGAUGUUGUUUGCUUUGUUUCUGAUAACUGGUUCUGCCAGGUUAAAAUCCAGUGAAGGCAUCUUUCUCCAAAACGCCUUGCGCCAUCUAGGAAGCCACAGCCACCUCAUCUGUGGCUUUUAACAGUGAUCUCCCAGCUGAUUCUGGAAUACCGCCAAUCCAGUGCAGUCUUACUGCUCAUGUGGGACUCUAAAAUCACAGCAUAUCAUUGGUUCUAAACUUGUACCUCAAUCUCUAUACAAGGUUGAGGUUUAUGUCUGGACUGAACAGAGACAAUAAACUGGGUUGUGCUUUUGGUUGGCUGGUGUUCUUCCAUAACCUGUGACAGUUUCACUCGGCACUGGAGGAGGGAAGAAAGUAAAUAAGAAAAGCCAACAAUUUUGCCUUCUUUGCCAUGAAAAUCCCACACAGCCAAUUGUUUGCAGUUGGAAAUGAGCUGAAGACCUUUUGUGGCCUGGACUUGCCUCUGGCUCAUGAAGAAGCCUGGAGAUCCACUCUCCCAGUCCCACUAGCAAAGCCAUUCUUCAUCCAAAGAUCACGCUAUCCACCUUACUUGGUUUCCAAGGCCUGUUGGUGGGGGGGCGCUUCUUUUUUCCAGCUGAAAAUAGACCUAGAUGUUUGCCUGGAAGCGUGGGAGAUGCUCUGUGGUGCACUCUAUCUAUCUGUCUCUGAAUGCAGACUGCCUGGAAAGAUGUCCAGACUUCCAUUCUCUCCCCAGAAAUACUUGAAUGUGGCAGCUAAGAAGACAGCCAAUCAAAACAUGCCGGUCGCAGCAGCUGGCUCCUAAAGUCUUUGUCUCCCCUAUUGGCUGCUUGAUGAUGAGAGCGACCACCAUGUGUGCCUCUGGAAGCCUCCUGAGAAGGGAGUUAAGACUUCAGUUCACAACAAGUCUGGUCCCACUUCGCCAGUCCACGGACAACUUUAAACUUCAGUCUCCAGCAUGCUCACGACAAGUGUCUUGUUCGAGACCCAAAUGCAUGUCUUGGUGAAAUCUGUUAACUGUAUUAUUAUUUUUUUAAAGUUAUUUUGGAAAGCCUGUGUGAUCUCAUGUGCUGCUGUUUGAGAGUCCCUGCCGGAGAGAACAAAAUGUUUUUGAGGGGCAGCAAAGAGGGACAGGAUUAUUACCACUUCUCCCCACCCACUGCCCUCUUCAUGUGGAAAGGUUCAGCUGUGUAACAUGUAAAUAAUGAUUGUCUAACAGUCUUCAAAUUAAAACACGGUGGUCAUAGAAA